GGCAUUGCGAGCGGUCUGUUUCUAGGUGUCUAGCAAGUAACAGCUAUCAUCAGCCCAGACAGCCGGCGGCAACGGGAGCGGUAUUUCUUGGUGUGUCUUUCCACGAUUAUUUGCUGCCGGGUUUUCAUAAUUAAUAGUCGCUUGGCUGAAAAUAGUGAAAACACAACCCUGACCCCUGCACAGAGAUAUGAGCGGCAGCGGGCGGCCCAGGACCAGCUCGUUUGCUGAGCCGCCAGGUGUUCCAGGAACUGCCGCUGCGUCCACCGGAUCAGCCGCUGCCGUGGGGAGCAGCACAGGAAAGUCCGGGGUCCCGCAGGCCUCCGGCAGCAGCUCGUCGGGAUGCUCGAACCUUAAGCUGGCCAGAGACAGCGGGAAGGUGACAACAGUCGUUGCCACACCAGGUCAGGGACCGGACCGCCCACAAGAAGUCUCUUACACUGACAUCAAGGUGAUUGGCAAUGGGUCGUUUGGUGUCGUGUAUCAAGCUCGUCUUAUCGACAGCCAAGAGAUGGUGGCCAUUAAAAAGGUUCUGCAGGAUAAGAGGUUCAAGAAUCGGGAACUACAGAUCAUGAGGAAGCUGGACCACUGCAACAUUGUCAGACUACGUUACUUCUUCUACUCCAGUGGAGAGAAGAAAGAUGAAGUGUAUCUCAACCUGGUGCUGGACUUUGUCCCUGAGACGGUCUACAGGGUUGCCAGGCAUUUUAACAAGGCCAAGAGCAUCAUUCCUAUCAUAUAUGUGAAGGUGUACAUGUACCAGUUGUUUCGCAGUCUGGCUUAUAUCCAUUCCCAGGGCGUGUGUCACAGAGACAUCAAGCCCCAAAACCUGCUUGUCGACCCAGAAACUGCCAUCCUCAAGUUGUGUGACUUUGGCAGCGCGAAGCAGCUGGUCCGCGGUGAACCCAACGUGUCGUAUAUCUGCUCACGGUAUUACCGUGCCCCUGAGCUCAUUUUUGGUGCUACAGACUACACGGCAAACAUUGACAUCUGGUCUGCAGGCUGUGUCCUGGCUGAGCUGCUGCUUGGACAACCCAUAUUCCCCGGUGACAGUGGGGUGGACCAGCUCGUAGAGAUUAUCAAGGUCCUAGGAACCCCAACAAGGGAACAAAUCCGAGAGAUGAACCCUAACUACACAGAAUUCAAGUUUCCUCAGAUCAAAGCUCAUCCAUGGACCAAGGUGUUUAAACCUCGCACCCCUCCAGAGGCCAUCGCUCUUUGCUCCCGGCUGUUGGAGUACACGCCGGCCUCACGGUUCUCCCCACUAGAGGCCUGUUCACACACCUUUUUUGAUGAGCUGCGCCAGCCGAACACACGACUGCCGAGCGGCCGAGAACUGCCCAUGCUCUUCAACUUCAGCACCACAGAGCUGUCCAUCCAGCCCCAGCUGAACCCAACCCUCAUUCCUCCCCACGCUCGCGCUCAUACAGCUGCUUCCGCCCACGAUGGUACCAGUUCAGAUUCAUCUCAACACAGUUCAGUACCAGGAUCUCUUAACAGCAUCUAAAGCGGUUCCUCAUCUGCCUACAAGCCUGACCCUUAUCUCUCAUACACACACACACACACACACACACACACACACACACACACACACACUACUGCUUUCCUCCGUGCUGCUUGCUCUCCUCUUAGAUGAUCUGUUUUUGUACAGUAACUGCAUUGAACAAACAUUAGUUCUGUAGCUGCCAGGGGUGAAACUACGGCAGGUGAUUGUUAAACACACACACACACACACACACACACACAGAGUUGUCUCGCUGCUGAUUGGGUGGUCUAUAAAGGUUCAAUAGUCGGGGCUGGUCCUCUGUAAUAUAACUUUCUUUUUUUUAAAUCAACAUUUUUUUCUUCCUUCUUUGUUUAUUUAUUUGAUUAAUUGAAAGCAAACAUUUUGUCUCUAGAGUUUUCCUUUUUUCCACAUCAGAUUAUUUUUUUAAUGUUUUUUGCAUCUGAACUGUACACUGCCUAACUAAGAUCAGAACUGGCCCCAAGUAGGUCAUCAGGGUAAAGGAUGUUUUAUUCAACUCAGGGCGGGAGAGCGGAUGCAGGGAAUGAUACAUUCCUAAAUCCUCCAGCCACUUUAUAUUUACCAAUCCAGCCUGAUGUUUACGUUUUAAAUUUAACCUCAACAUCUUGUUAAUUUUGCUGCUUAAAUGGCAGGUAGAGUAGAAAACCUCAUCAGUACCAGGGUAGCAAUUGUCAGUGUAUGGUUGGAGGUGUAUUGCCCCUGACGAGAAUCAUGUUCAAUGGCUGCAUUACUAUCUGCAGACUGACUCCACCAGUCGCCGCAUCUGGUAUCCAUGUUUUUGGUUCCUGUUUUAGAGAGUCCUUCUGCUUAAAGAGGGAAAUGUUCCUCUGAGAAACCAACAAAACUCAUUUCCACAUCCAGGAUGGCAGAGGUGUACAUUUGUUGGAAAGUCGAUCAUCCAGAGGUAUAUUCCUCAACUCCAUCUUCUGUUCUUUAGUUCAAUAACUAGGCAUGACCUGUAAAUGUCAAUUGUAAAAAGAGUGUGAUUGUGCUGCUCAGCAAAAAGCAGAUCUAGAAAAUGAGCAUUUUGAAAUUGAACAAACAAAUUAAAACCAUAGUAGUGAAAAUAGGGUUACUUUACUGGAGGCUGCUCAGUGCGCUGCUAGUUCGCUGUCCUACCAACUAGUUAUCCACUGGAUGAUUGCAUAACAACCAGCAGUGACUUGGACGCCAUUGAUCAUUCCAGCAAUAGAAAACGGAUAUUAAAGCUCGUCUAAUAAACUAGAGAUUGUGUAUGCCGACAUCAAUGCAUCUUAAAGAAAGUUUUUUUGUUUUGUUUUUGUGCACUUGCUGAAGAAAAUAACCAAAUGUAUGCCCUUUUUAACCUUCUAAAAAAGAAAGAAACCUGGAAGCUAUCACUGGUUUCACUUGUGCUAGAAGGUGUCAGUGAGUGGAGUUUACUGUGGAGGAAACGGCUGUGUUCAGAAUGUCUUUAAAGGUGUGUUCCACUAAUAUUGGCUGGAAAUUAUACUAUGCAGGAUUUUCCUAAAAGAAACAGUGUAUCAACUCAUACAAAAGUAAUCCCUGUUAGUCAUCACUUAUGACCCACUAGAAUGUGUGGCAGUGUCUGAAUCCUUAUUUUGCUUUGUUUGGGGCAUUAUCAGAGCGUCAGCCUUUGGGCAGUGGGUGUGUAGCUCAUUCCAAAACUAGACUGUGGGCUAAGCGGGCGUAUGUGAUGCUGCAGGUGGUGUUUAGCAACCACGUCCAGGGGGAAUGCGCUCCUGGUGUCUCUUAGCUGGGGGGUACGAGGGGGCAGCUUUGAAUGUUGUUUUUAAACAUUAAGCAACAAUUCCUGCAUAGUAUGCCUUUAAACAAAAAACAACUUUUGUUUUUCACAUCAAGCUUUUAAAAAAGUUUGAAAAUGUUUUGAACUAGUGCAACUGUUGCUGCUUUUAAAAAAUCCAGAAUUUGUUUUAAGAUAAACUAUACAUUUUAAAAGCUUUGAAAAGUAUUUAGGUGUGGUAAAUAUAGUUACCUAAUGGCUCCCCUUUACAAUACCCCAUACUGUCUGAUGAUUGUCUAUUCAUACAGAAAACAAGAGGCUGGCAUUGCUAGUCUUAAAUUCAGUUUAAUUUUACAAUAUUAUAAAGGCGUCUCUCUAAAAAAAACAAAAAAACUGUAAGGUCCCUUAAAAUAUAUUGGGAGAUUAAACACAAAUGCUAUCUAAAAGUAACUUUUGGUGGAAUUCCCCUUUAGCUGAACGAUCAUUUGUGCCCUGAUGUUAGUGUAGAAAAAAUGCUUUUGUACUCCCAAGAGCUGAGAGAUUGUUGAUCCUUCUGUUGAUGAAACGCAGCAGAGAAACCACAGAAUGCCAGAAAAGGAUUUUUUGUUUUAUUAAACUCAAUGGGGGGGGUACUCACUUGUACAUUUAUUUAUUUGUUUUUGUGAUGAGAGUUGGAUGUCAGUUCAUUUUAGCCGAAGAGGGCUUUAAAAUAGUGUCAAAACUUCCUUAGCAAACUGCUUCAUCAGUGGAAAAUGAGUAAAAAGGUCUUUAUAGAAAAAACAGAAUUAACAAAGAUUCAAAGAUGAAUGGAAGGCGUAAUGUGAAUAGUAGUUGAAUGUGAAUUUCAAGAAGGGGGAGUUUCUUUUCGGUGACUGUGUGUUUGUGUGCUCCUUGUACUUCUGUCUUUGUGAAGACCAAUUUAAAUUUUACCCCAUAAGAGUGAGAAAAGUGAGCUUUUUGAGGUCAUGUUUACAUGUAGGUCAGGGUCAUGGGUCACUGUUGGUCUACUCGCAGGUGCGUGCGCUUAUGUGUGCGUGCGUGCAUGUCCAUAGUCCAGCCUGCAGCCUUUGCAGGAAAUUUGUAGUAUAGUAUAUUUGAUACUAUUGUUCCAUGCCUCCAACUGCUGUUUUUAAACUGCAGUCCUGAUUCUUUUGAACCUUCUUUUAAAAAGAGCUCAAUGCUUUUUUGAAUUCCAACACAUUUGGCACAUUCACAUUGAUUUUACUUGAGGAGAGUGGAGAGCUUUUUUCAUUUUUCCCAGCCUAACCUCACAGUCCUGUGGGUAACUGCCAGGCUCACUCUGAUUUCUUUGCUAUAGAGUGUCCAACCAGCAUGUUUGAUAUACUCUGCAGGGCGCGUUACACUCAGAGCUGUCAGACUUGACUGUGGCAAUGAAAAGGUGUGACUCAACCGAGAGAAAUCAAACAUGCCCACCCCCUCCUUCUCUUACCGCACAUGUAAAUAUCACUGAUUUUUAUUUUCCUCUUUUUACUUUUAUUACAGAGUUGUUUAUAUCGUAUUUCUCCCAUCAUCCUGUCAAUGAAGCAGUCUUAGUUUGUGCAUUGUUGUAAAUAAGUUUCUUUUUUUUUUUUCACAAUUCAAAAUGUAAAUACUGCAAAGGAAGAAAAAAAAUCAGCCUACCCCUCAUAUUUGUUGAUGAUCUUUCUCUCUCUCUUUCUUGUAGUCCAGAGGAAAUUGUAAAGUAUCCAUUAGCGGGUUCAAGGGUUCUGUUUCAAAAUGCUUUGUUUCUGUUCAGCACAAACAUUAUCAUCUUGGUUUUAAAUCUGGCCAAGGAUAUAUGACCGUGCUCUCUCCAACCUGCUCAUUUAAAUCUACUGCUGUGGUCUAUACAGUCUAAUAAAUGCAACAUACUGACCCCAGAUCACAUGUUACAGGCUGCCGAUUCUCCACAAGAGGGAGCAGUACAAUCAUUGUUAGACAAGUUCUCCACAUGUCAAUUAGAGUGAAAUGUAUUACAAGAAUCAUUUCCUUUUUAUCUUUUGGUCUUAGUAACAUCCUACCCCUUUAUUGUACUAUUGAAAUACCUCCUACUGUCGCUCCCCAGUAAGCAGGAGGCAGACAGUCAGAGCAAUGUGAACAUUCCUAAAAAAAAAAUUAAACUGACAAAAGUCUUGCAUUAAAAUAAUUCUCUUAAAGCUCAAAAACAUCCCAAACAGCCACUAUAAAAAAAGAAAAGAAAUGGCCUCAAGCAGAGUUGAUGAGCGAGCUGCAGAGGGCUAGUUCAUUUUCUGACCAUGGCUUCAACCCCAACUUAGCAAUUUCAUCAGAUUUCACGCAGCUCUUCUACAAGCCACAACAUACAUUGAUGCGUAAAAUUGCUGUACUUGUUUUCUUUUUCUGCCACAUUGUUGUUUUUUCCUCAUGUUGGAACAGAACUUUGUGUGUUGUGACAGAUUGCAAUAUGAUUACUGUGCAGUAUUGAGAAAAAAUGUUUCAGCUACAGGUGACUGGGAGUUUCAAAGAAAGUUGCGGUCUCAUCAUGUCUGACUUGAUCGCAAAAGUGUUUAGUGGGACUAGAAAUGCCACAGUAGGAUGUCCAGCUUGUACUUAACACGGGCAUUUUGUAUAAUGUGCCCUAUGGCAUUCAGAAUUGCUGCUAAUGAUCACAAGAUGGCAGAAAUAGACAUUGUGUUGUGACUGCAUACAGAGCCAGCUGUCUGUGCACGUGUUAGUUGAGAGGCAACAUGCAAAAAUGUUGACUGACAGUUUCAAGUAAACCGAAUCUCAGAAAUUGUACUUUUUGUUUGUGUUUUAAAAUUCUCUAAAAGCUCAGUUGUUUGUUGACAUUACCUCCCUUGUGUAACUGAGGGAGAAUACUGCUUCUAUGUAUAAGUUAAUGCGUCACUUUUAUUAGCUAUUUUUACUCCAGUGCUGUUCACUUUGGUGUCAUCCUGCCCUGGUGGACCGAUGUGUUGGAGUGAUAGACUGAGAAGGAGAGAGAAAGAAACACAAACCUGUCCGUCUCUGUUCUGUGUAUGUAUGAUAUGGACUCAUUUACUGUAAUAAAGUGAUGAAACUGUG